CGUCACGUUCGUCAGCCUAGUUGGGUUAGGUUUUACGCUGGAAAUUCUAACGAUAAAUUUUUUGUUUGACGAUUGAUGUUUUCCCCGUGUCGCGUUGGCCCGUGACCGAGCGACGCCGAGGUGCCUACGUAGCGACGGCCGGCGAUCGUGUCUCGCAGAGCGUGCGAUCGCGAGGGGUUCGCGUGGUUUGGCGUAUAUGAGAUUUUAAACGGAAAAUGAGUCGACAUGAAGGGGUUAGCUGUGAUUCCUGCUUGAAAGGAAAUUUUCGGGGUCGUAGAUACAAGUGCCUUGUAUGCUACGAUUAUGAUCUAUGUGCCGGUUGCUACGAGGGAGGCGCUAGUACCACUCGCCACCUCACAGAUCAUCCUAUGCAAUGCAUACUUACUAGAUCUGACUUUGAAUUAUACUAUGGUGGCGAAGGUGUGAGUGUAGAACAGCCUCAAUCCUUGACUUGUCCUUACUGUACAAAAAUGGGCUUUACCGAGGCUACAUUACAAGAACACGUUGCUGCUGAUCAUCCAGAUACUUCGUUUGAAGUCGUUUGUCCAGUAUGCGCAGCAGUGCCAGGUGGAGAUCCUAAUCAUGUAACUGACGACUUUGCUGGCCAUCUGACAUUAGAGCACCGCAGUGGACCAAGGGACCUGAUUUCCUUUCUGGAUGAACCGACUGCAAGUAGACAUGGUGUUAGACGGAUACCGCAUCCAUCUAGAGCCGUUGGAGCUCCGCGUGGGCGUAGGUCCAACAUGCAUUUUAGUUCAUCUGGAGGGUUAAGCCCAAGUAAUCGCGAAGGUAUAGAUCCAAUUGCGGAAUUGCUGUCUCAAUUGUCAGGGGUACGCAGAAGUGGAGGAGGAAGUGGACAAAGUACAUCGGCACCUACACAAUUACAACAAUUACAAAUGCAAUUGCAAUUAGAACGACAACAAGUUCGGGCUGCUAGACAACAACUCGAAAGAUUACCCAGAAGACAGACGCAAGUGAUCGGUUCUGUAAGUGGAGGCAGCGGAGGUGGCGGCGGUGGUGGCGGUCAUACUACUACUAUGGGGACAACGAACAGUACAAGUAGUAAUAAUAACGCGACCAAUGCGGCCAACCCGUCCGGUGUGUCUUCUUCUAAUUCACAGAAUAAUAUGUCUCUAUUACCCAGAUGCAUCAUAACUACGCCAUCUGAUUCACAACUACAAAGUAUUGAACGUGAGAGUGCAAAUAGGAGCCUUUUUGCACGUGAACUUAUCGUCGGAACGCUUUCUCAAACAUUGUCAGAUUUGAUGCAGCAGCAGUGCGCUGUGCAAACACCAGCGUCGAAUGCGACUACUGCCACGACCAGUCCUGAAACACCAAACGCCAAUACUUCCAUUGUUUCUGCAAAGAAAUUGGGAGUAACUCAGGAAGCGAAGAGGGAACAAGCGACAAGUAAACACGUGACAUCGCAGGCAUCUAUACAGCAAAAAGAAUCGCAUAUUCUGCAAGCUGCUGCUGCUGCUGCUGCUGCUACUACUGGCAGCGUAGGUUCAGGUCUGCAAAAUCAGGGCUUAUCCUCGAAUCCUAGUAGCAUUGCAACGCAAAAUCCACCUAUAGUUCAAACAUUGAUGCAUAGUGUAUUACCUCAGCCAUUGGUAUUGCAGCAACCACUGCCGCCACCAAUUAGGAAUACUGGUACUGGAACUAUCAGGGAACCGAUAGCAGCUCCGGCGCCUGCUUACCUCAGAGGUGGAGUUGGCUCUGUCGGAGUAACAGGCUCUUCGCGUAGGAAGCCGGUUAGGGCAGUAGAUGGCAGAAACCAAUCUACGGAACCGCCACCCCCACACUAACCCCUCCUUAGCCCAUGUACCCAUCCUCUACCCUGAUUCCUCACACAGGAUUCCCUAGCACUAGUCCUAGCACUGUUUAGAACACCUCAUCAUUAUUGUUAUUAUUAUAAUAUUAUAUAUUAAUAAUUAUUCGAAACGCCCUCUCCUUUCCUUUUCCUUCUUGUCCUUCUCCUCUACCUCAUCCUUGUCCUCAUCCUUUUGUGCCCUAACGCUAUGACAACUUUCCCGAACUUUAAUCUCGCCAUUUUUGCUGUUACGUGACAUGGAACAAGGGCAAGGGCUGAUUCGCUUGCCGCUGCGGCAUAUUUGCGAAUAAUGUACAUAACUCACACUUCUUGCAGUCAUGCUCGAAAUAUAUAGAGUUCGUUCGCGUAUACUACUCUUCUUCGAAUGAGUCUUGCCACGUUCUUCCACGCUGACGUGCUACCACGAUACGGCGUUACCUUUUAUCCGCUGGAGAGCAGGUGUUUGCGAAUCAACAAAAAAUGUGUUGUUAAAAAGAAAUUCUUAUGAGGACAAAGCAAUAUUAGCAUUUAUCGUUCGGUUGUUGAGAUAUCGAAGAAUAGUACGAAUAAGGAUUAAUCAGAUACGUGGAUCAGCAUAUUGAUGUAAGAGUUUAGCAAUAGUACAUAUUGAUCCAAUGAGAUGGUGAACGAAUGUGUACGCAAGUGUUGCUUUUCACAUUACAUUUUGUGUAUAUUAUACACAUUUACUGUCACAUGAUACCAAGUGCGAGAGAUCUUAUUUGAUCAGUAUACCCAGUACAAAUCGAACGAUCGAUCGCUAAUGUGCUAUGUACUUGAAAAAAACGAUGUACCUCCCUUUUUCAGAUAAAGAUACACAAGUGCAAAAUCAUGCCUGGGUUGGUCCGUACUAACGCUUUUAAAUUGCUUUAACCUACAGAUAACUUCUCCGGCGCACUAAUAGUGGAAAAAAUGACUAUAGGAAUGAAUGUCACGAAUGGUAUAACAGUGCAGAACAACGUUGCUGCAUAUUUUUCAGAUGACUACUUAGAUUAUAAUUCUCGUUAUAAUAGACUCCUGUAUAUGCUUUACAAUCAAUAAAUCAUUGGUAUAAUGUACAAGAAAGUCAUUUAUAGUCUAUAAUUAUCAUUCGUAGCUUACACGAAACUUCCUUUAUUUUUUAAUUUAUUUAAGCAGAGCUGACUCGCGCGCGCGCUGUGGCAUUUUGCAUACGCAAGUAAUAGAAGAAGUUGCUAAAAGAAUAGAGAUGUUGAGAAUAAAUUUUCCGUAAUAGACUCUCCCAAGUAGAUUUAAUAGUUUAAUUAAAUUAGAUUUUUAAUUUAGUAAAAAUCUCGGUAUUGGCGGACCAUCCCUUGGCAUACACAUGGCAUAAAAGAUGUGUGUCAUAAAGUGGAGAGAUUAUAUUUAGAUAUAACUUAUUAAUUUAUGUCAGCCUUUAAAUUCAAUAAUUUAAAAUAUAUGAUCUUUGGCGUUUAAAUGUAUUUAAUGUUUUACUAAUGCUUACGUAUUGUUUGUCAGAAUAUUAAUUUCCGAAUUAUCAUAUAUUGCAAUUUUUUUACGAUGUGAUGCACAGAAUUAAAGAAUAAAAUUUCUUUUAAAAUUAAUCACUCCAUUUUAAGGCACUGAACAAUUGCAGUAAUCGUAAAAAAAAUUGUGUUUUUUAUCAAAUUCGUACUUCGGUCUAUAUGUUUAAAAAGCGUAAAUUUAAAAAGAAUGUGAUUCGGCAAUGGAAAAUCUUCAAAAUUUUCUUGAAUUUUAUCGAAAUAGCAAGCCAAAUCCUUCAAAUAUAUCUAAUAUUUUUUUAAUAGAGAUAUAUUUAUUUCUUCUGUAAAAUACACAAAGGUAACAUCGGUAACAUUGUAUCGGAGUAUGCGUGCGAUGUAUAUGAAUGCAUCAGUAAAAUUUUUACUGAAAGUAAAAUUUUAAAGGUGCUCUAUUAUACAUCAGCGUUAUUUGCUUUUCUCAUUUUUUUUUCUUCGAGUACUUAUUCUCUUAUUUUCUUCCUUUUUUUGGCAUGUUACUGUCGUAUACAUAAUAUCUCUUGCCUUGUCCUCUUCCUGUCUCUCUUUCUCUCAUCGAUGUUCUUGAUCCAAAUUAUCUCUCACUUAAGAUCCCGUGUGAGCGUGUAGCUGCAAGAUGUGGUAGCUCUGCAAACCGUGCAACGUUUUACAAGUGCGCAAAAAUGAUAUAUACACGCCUCAUAAAUCCAUGAGGAAAAAAGAAUUAAAAUAUUUAGUGUGCGAAUCUACUACGAUAUAGAGUAUGAACUUCAAAGCUUGACCAUCUUAUUUUCUGUGUGCAAGGUCGAGAAACUUCAAAAUUAAAUUUAAAAAAAAAAGAAAAUAUACAGAUUGUAAAAAAAACCUGUUUAACUUUUAAUUGCGUCGUUUCACCGACGUUUAUCUAAUCUUGAAUGUUUUGCCUGUCUCUCUACUCGUAUUCGACAUGUGUAUACUUUAAACGAGUGUUUUUUUUUUAAUAGCUAUUCACGAUCUUGUACUUUGUAUUAUGUAAUUAGUUGCAAUUUGCGAAGAAAUAGAUCCGAAACGUAAAAUAAAAUGGGGUGCACUUAAUUGCCUUAAUGCAGGAUGCCUGAAAAAAUUAAAAUGUGAAAAGAAUCGAUACCCCUCUUUGAGAAACGGAUGUGCCUGCAUUGCGAAAGUUUUUGCGCAUGAUGCUCCGUGAUGAAGUUAAUACUGUACUGAGCUAAUUUUAAUAAACGUAUGCGUAUGUAAAAUUA